CACACCCACGCCACAGCAUUCUUUUCCGUCUCCAGCAUCGCCUCCUCCUCCUCUCUCCCUCCCCCACACUCCGCUUUCCCGUCGCCGACUUAGCCGCGCCGCCCGCACGUGAGCGCGAGAUCGAGCGCGUCGGCGGCCGGCCGGGCUCCUCGUCGUCGGCGGCGCGCGGGAGUCGGGGCUAGGGCUUCCGGGGUCGUGGGGGGCUCUCGGAUCCAUGGCCUGGCCCACGGGCGCCUGCCCCGCGGCCUUCCAGGCGUACCAGAAGUACUACGGUAUUGUAUCAGCAUUUUCAAACAAUAACACACGAGAAGGAUUGGCUGAGUUUUCACAAGCUAUAGAUCGCAUGGAAGGAUUAAGGGAUGCGAUAUUUAAUGACAUCCCCAAGCUCAUGUCAACUCUUGACUUAGAUGAUGCUCUCCGAUUCAGUAUCUUCUAUGAUUUUGUCUUCUUCAUUUCCCGGGAAAAUGGCCAAAAGAACAUCUCUGUUCAGAGAGCUGUGGUAGCAUGGAGGAUGGUUCUAAGUGGGAGGUUUCGGUUGCUUGACAGGUGGUGUAACUUUGUUGAGAAGUACCAACGUUACAACAUAACGGAGGAUGUCUGGCAGCAGCUGCUAGCUUUCAGCAGAUGUGUAAAUGAAGAUCUGGAAGGUUAUGAUCCAACAGGUGCUUGGCCUGUUCUUGUUGAUGAUUUUGUGGAGCAUAUGCACAGAAAUUAUAGCUCCUGUGAUUGCUCCAGUGCGAUGGAAUCACAAUUGAGCAUUUCCAAUACAUUUGGAGGAAUAAAUCCAUUACCUGGAUCAAAGAGGAAAUGCGCUACUCAUCUUAAAUCUAAUGAGGAUGUGGACCUUUCGGAUAAUUUUACGCGCUCUGUCCAUCUUGCGCCACUGAAAAGGCUGAAGGGAAGUCCUGUCAUUACUAAGUAUGGAGUUUGGGAAUACAAUGCAGGUACUCCUUUGGUUCACAGUCCAGAUUAUUGUGAAGACACAAAUUUGCACAACCCAAGAGGUUGUCUUCAGAACUCACCAUCUAUUGUUGAGGAUUGUUUGUCAAAAGGAUUUGAUGGUUGCAUUUCAAUGAAAUGCUCCUUUUAGUAUUGUCAGGGAUGCAUGACCUCAUCACGACACUCCAUAGGCUUCAUUUUUUUUCCCCACAUAGUGUCAGGAACUCAGCAUCAUUCUGUAUCUGUAAUUAGUCAAUUUUUAACUGGUAAUGUUUAUUAGUUUGUACUAUGAGAUGAAAUACAUGCAACUGCCGUCCCCACUGUAACUGAAGAUAUUACUAUUUCGCUGUUCCCCUUUCUUUUAGAUUGUUCCUUCUACCGUUUUAAUAGGUUUGUGUUAGAAUUUUGUAUUGGGCACACUGUUAUUCAAAUAUCGGCAAGUGCGAUGGAGGGGAGAAAUGCCAAAGUAUAGCAUAAUUGGGUUUUUAUUG